AUGGGUAGUUCAUGUUGUGCAAAGCAAUAGAGUGAAAAAGAUUUACAGUAAGUAAUUAACAGCAAUUAUAAUCGAUCUUAAACUAGCAUUAAUUCUAAAAUUUUCUUUUCAAAACCAUCAUAAGAGGUUCAAUAUGUAAGUCAUGUUUUACUAAACAUUGAUGAAGAACCAAUUGAAGAAAUAAAAGAAGACAUUAAAGAUUAGAAAUUAUCGCCACUUAUAAAAAAUCUAAAUAAAAAAUUUCUCAAUAUGUUGGAAUGA